AUGACGUCAUGGCGCGAGUGCCUACGGACGCCGGCGGCGCUCGCGCAAAGCGGCCUCGUCCCCUACGGACACGCGUAUGCUGUGCAUACGAACGGCGAAGCGGAUGCACUGCCCCAUGAGCACGCCGUGUUCCUGCCGGAGCGCAUGACGUGGGUGAGCACCGUGCGGUGCGAUCAGCCUGCGCCGUCGCCCUGCCCAGCCCCAGCGCCCGGCAUGCAUGGGCCGAUCUGGUACAGCGAUGCGCACGAGGACGGACUUUGUCACACGGACGUGAUCCGUCGCGACGCGUGGGUAUCCCGCACGUACGAAGCCGCACUGCCCUCGGCCUUGUGGGAGGCGUUCCACGCCGCCCGCGCCCAGGCUCCCGCGCCAGGCCAGACGCCCACGUCCGAAGUAGCGCGAGCGAGCGCAUCACUCGCGCGCAUUCUCGGGAAUGCCCUGCGUGGCGAGACGCGGCCCGUGCCCCUGGAUGGCAAGGUCAUGACGCAGAUGCUGCGCUGGGACGCCUCUCUCGAGGCACUCAUGCGGCACUUUGGAUGGCAUGUCGCGCCCAUGGAAGAUGCGCCGCAUCGAUUGGCGCUGCAUCCACCUCCCUCCAUGAGCUGGCGCAUAUACACUGAGCUCGCCGUGUGGUGCACGCAUCUGGGACACGCACCGCCCGCGCCACCGCCCGGCUGGCGCAUCGAGGCCCAUGCCUCUGUGCUCAUGCCAGCCAACGUCCCUACGGCCGAUGCGCAGACGCACUUGGCAUGCGCACGCCUGGGCGUGUCGACGCAGGAAGACGCAGGCGUCGUGUGCGACAUGUACCGCAUGAACACGGCGUGCUUUCCGCACCGCCGCCAGGAGCUGUUCCUGGCACUCGAGUGCCUCCACGAUCUCCGCCACGCCGGUGAGCCGCUCACGACUCUGAUGGCCAUAGAGCAGAGUCAAGGGCUCUACGCGUACAAAGACGUCCGCGCGAGCUACGCGCGGCUGGGCGUGGCCAUGCCCGCUGUGGCACCGAGCCCCGCCUCGCUGUGGGACCCAUCGCCAUCGCCACCGCCUGCGCCAGUGGACAAGGUGAUCGCAGCCUACGAUCGCGCUGUGAAAGAGGCACUCGACCACGGCACCGACGAAGACCUGCGCAGCGCACGACAAGCCUUGCGCACCGUGGCGCAGUACCACGCGCCUGCCCCCGCCCUCGAGGAACGCGAGCGCAGAAAUCCCAUCCAACAUCCCGACGACGCCUACCAGCUUCUUCAGACGAAUGCGGACGUCGACGAUGCCCUGCUUCUCGUCGGCUACCAGGUCUACGCGGCUGAAUCACACGCCCGCUCGGAGCUUCUUCGCGCCGCUUUAGAACGAGUGGCCGAGGCGCGGCACAGUGCCUACCUGCUCCGCUUUUUGCGCGGCGAAGCAGACGCGGGCCCCGCGCACGACAUGCCGCGGGGACUGCACAAUUUGGGCAAUACGUGCUAUCUCAACUCGCUCCUCCAAUAUCUUGGAUUUAUCGCGCCGAUUCGCGACGCCGUUCAUCGCGCGGGCACGGAAGCCAAGUCGGCAGAGCACCAACGUGCUUUGUCCCUCGCGCACGAACUCGACGCCCUCUUCCGCGAUAUGGCGACCUCGAAGGAAUGGGCCCUCACUCCCCGCAAGGAACUCGCCUAUCUCGCCCUCGUCCCACUCGCCUGGGAACAAGCGUAUGCGUGCUCCAAAGACGAGCUCAUGUCGCAGGUCACGACCCAGCAGGACGUGUGCGAGUGUCUCGGGAACAUGACGACACUGCUCGACCAAGCAUGUCCAUCCGACGAGGUGCAGCGUCUCUUCCUCGGCACAUCGAUACAAACGCUGGAUCCGCCUCCCAAGGACAGUCCGCGAACGACCGAGCAGACAUUCACAUCCGUGCCCGUCACACUCCUUCCCGACGUGCGCAGCAUGUACGACGCGCUUGACACCUUUUUCAACGAUGAACAAGUGCCUUGGGACAACGAAGCGCGCCUGCAGCGGCGCAUCACGCUCAAACAGGCCCCACCCCUCCUCCAAAUCCACGUUCAGCGCGUACAGUACGACCGCAAGGCACAGCGCAUCGUCAAACAUCAGGCGGCGUUGGACCUGCCGGAUACCCUCUAUCUAGAUCGGUACAUGGAUGCCUCUUGCGCGCCUCCAGAACGUUUCGAUGCGCUCCAAGCGCUGCAUGAACGCACCCUUGCACUGCGUCGCGAACGCGCUGCCCUGCUGGAACAGGUCCAUCAACUCCAGGGGGACGAGCUCAUGGCUUUGGAGCGCAUAACUAGGCGCCUAAACGUCUGGAAACAUGCCGCAGAGCAGAAUCAAGAUACAGAAUGGCAUGCUUUGUUGAACGAGCACGCUCCCUCUGAACUCGAAAGUGUCUCGCUGAUCAUGCGUGCCAAAGCCCAGGCACUGACGACGCAGGCCGACGCCCUGCACUCCGAUCUCGAGACAUUAUGGUCGGAAGAGACGCACCUUCCGUACCGACUCGCCAGCGUGUGCAUGCACCGCGGAGAAGCCACACACGGCCACUACUUUGUCAAUCAGCGCGAUUUUGCCAAGAACGAGUGGAUGACGCUCAACGAUACCCAUGUCGCACCCAUCACCGAGGGAGAAGUGUCCAAAGACCCUACGGGCGCUACAUCCUACCUUGUGGUGUAUGUGCGCCAAGAUGUACAACACAUAUUAUCCAGCCCGCGCCAUUAG